AUGACUUCUGAUAAGUUAGAGGAAUAUAAUAAUGAUGCUUUUAAAAAUUAUAAUGAGAAGGCAUUAGAGCCUUGUUAGAAUUGCGGCAGGACAUUUCUCCCAGAUAGAUUAAUUGUUCACUUGAAAAGUUGCAAAGGAAAUUUGGAAUAAAAACCAAGCGUAGGUAAAAUAAAAGCUUCUUCUGGUUAAGGAGAUGGCGAUAGUGGAAAAUUUGCUUAAAGUAUGAAGAGUUAAAGCCCUGGAGAUAUUAUUCAAUAAUAAAAAAUUGCUGGUGGCAAAGGUGGGGGAUUAUCAUCAAGUUAGAGUGCAAAUUAGUUUAAGUCUCCUGAAUUAAGCUAAACUUUUAAAAAGCCUAAGACUUUAGUAUGCUACAUUUGUGGGAGAGAAUUUGGAACUAGUAGUCUUGAAAUACACAUUAAAUCAUGCGCUAAAAAAUGGGAAAUAGAAUAGAGUUAAAAGCCUAAGCAUGAAAGAAAACCGUUACCAUAAGCGCCUUAAAAUUUCGAUUAAAUGCUUGGAGGUUCUUUAUCUUAGGAAGAUCUUGAAUAAUAUAAUCAGUCAGCGAUGAAGGAGUUCAACGAAAAAGGAAUGGAUUAAUGCCCAAAUUGUGGAAGGACAUUUUUACCUGAUAGAUUGAUUGUUCAUUUGAGAAGUUGCAAUAAGGCUCAUGGAGUAAAAGAGACUUAAUAAUCACCUUAGAAAUCACUAGGGUCAUCAAUGGGAGGUGGGCCAGGAUCAUCAAUGGGAGGUGGACCAGGAUCACCAAAGCAGAUUGUCAAACCAAAAACAUUAGUUUGCUACAUCUGUGGUCGUGAAUUUGGAUCAGCUUCAUUAGAAAUUCAUUUAAAGACAUGCAAGCAAAAAUGGGAGAAUGAGCAAGCUUAGAAGCCAAAGCAUGAAAGAAAACCUAUUCCAUAACCUCCGAAAAAUUUCGAUGAUAUGCUAGCAGGCAAAGUCUCAGGAGAAAAACUUGAGUAGUAUAAUGAUAAUGCGCUUAAAGAGUACAAUGAUAAAGCUUUAGAUAGAUGCCCUAACUGUGGAAGAACUUUUAUACCAGAUAGAUUAGUAGUACAUUUGAGAAGCUGCAAUAAAGCACAUGGAAAAUCACCUGAUGAAGGACCUAAAGGGGGAAUGAGUUCAUCGGGUGGAAUGAAUUCUAAUUCAUCACCAUCAAAGGAAAUUCAUAUCAAAAGCUGCAAGCAGAAAUGGGAAAUUGAAGAAAGCAAGAAACCACCAAAAGAAAGAAGACCAGUUCCAGAUGCUCCUAAAAGUUUUGAUGAAGUUGUGAUUGGAGCCAAAUCUGGGCAAGGAGCUGAUAUUUAACAAUAUAAUGAAGAUGCAUUCAAGUAGUACAAUGAGGUAUCACUUGUCCCCUGCCAUAAUUGUGGAAGGACAUUUUUGCCAGACAGACUAUAAAUUCAUCUUAAAAGUUGCGAUAAAGCUCAUCAUUCUUAAAAGAAAGGUGGCGAGGAUGUUUCAAAAUCUACUUCUAGUUUAUCAGAAUCCUUUAAGAGUUAAGGAUAGAAUGCUUCUUUGAGCACUCCAGACUUGAGAAAUAAAGCAAUUAAUGGAUAAGAUAGUUCAUCAUGCAAUCUUUGUGGUAGAUCAUUCAGCUAAAACUUGAUGGAAAACCAUUUGAAAUCAUGCUAAAAGAGAUGGUCAGCAUCUGAUAAGUUAAACGCUCUAAAUUAAUGA